AUGUCAAAUCUCAAGCACAACAUGGCCCAUCUGUACCACAUAAUAGCCGACAGUAAACCUAUGAAACCCUCUAAUCGUGGCUCCGGCCUGGGUGAGAACGAACUCUCAGUCUCCCUCGGUGCAACUUCCCUGAGCGAGACGCCACGAUCAGCUGGCGACCCAGGACCGGAGCAACAGAAGAAGAAGAAGAAGAAGGUGGUCGUUGUCGGUGCGGGUAUCAGCGGCCUUCGAUGUGCGGCUGUACUCCAGCGUCACGGCAUCGAAGUCGUCGUGCUCGAAGGCCGUGACCGCAUCGGCGGACGAAUCCACACAACAAGGAGUGAGAAGGGCGUUCGCGAUAUUGGUGCUGCCUGGCUUCACGAAACCUCGCAGAACAAACUUGUGAAGCUCAUUUCCAAACUGAACAUCGAGUAUUACUAUGAUGACGGUCUCCCUCUGUACUAUACCGAACAAGGCCGAGCCGGCAGCCAGUUCAAGGCUAAAAAGGUCGCCGACGAGUUCGCAGAUCACUGUGAGUGGUUCUACGAGACGUACCCAGAUGCGCCGGACCAGUCGGUCUCCGAUUUCGUGAACACUUUCGUACAGAACCAUGAACUCAUCACGCGUGAUGAGAAGAUGUGGGCACCACAGGCCGUGAAGGAGGUAGAAUUGUGGCUGGGAACUGCCACUGAGCUUGCGAGCUCUAAACACCUUUCUUAUUUUAUAACCGAGAGGAACCUGUAUAUGAGGGGAGGUUACGACGGAAUCGUCCUGUGGACAGCGGAAUCCCUACUGAAGGAUGCAGGUACGAUCUGUCUGAACCAUGUCGUGGACCGCAUCAUGUGGAGCGAAGACGGGGCCAAGAAGAGCACCGUGGAAGGACAUGACAGCAACGGCGAGGCUUUCAGCGUGGAAGCGGAUGCUGUGGUGUCAACCCUGCCUCUCGGAGUCCUGCGUCACGAGCUUGUAUCUUUCGAGCCGUCCCUGCCAGACGAUGUGCUUACUGGACUAAGGGGCUUCUCGUACGGCGCCCUUGGAAAAGUAUUUUUCGAGUUCGCCGAUGUCUUCUGGAGCAAAGACAACGAUCAAUUCAUGUUCUACCCGAAUCCACCUGCACUCGACGAGGAUCUGUAUGGUACCUCGGCGAGCUCCGACAGCUCCAGCGGCAUCGAGACGAUCCUCAAUUAUGCCACCGUCACGAUCAACCUGUGGAUCAUGACUGGUGCGAAAGAGCUUUGUGUCCAGAUCGCAGAGCCGCUCACACAGCGGAUCGAGGCUAUGACGGACAAGAAAGAAAUCUAUAGAUUCUUCGAGCCACUCUUCAAGCUCCUUCGCACCGAGCCGUACAAGACCUUGCCGAAACUGCUGAAUGUGGAGAGCACGCAUUGGACGCAAGAUUCAAUGGCCGGCUUUGGGUCAUACUCUGCCGACAAGGUGGGAGAUGAGCCUGAGCGCUUGAUUGAAGCGCUGGAGAACCGCAAGGGCUCUCAUCUGCAGUUUGCCGGCGAGCACUGCACUAUGGUUGCCAAUGGGUGCGUCCAUGGUGCUUUCGCUACGGGAGAGACUGCAGCGAAGAAUCUGUUGAAUUCGUUUGGCGUUGAAUACGACGGUGGAGACCUUGUCAGUCUUACCUAG